GCAGCCGGCGGCCGCAGAGCGCGCCGGCUCAGCGCAGUCUCCUCGCCCCGGUGCCCGCAGGUGCCUCCUCCUGGACGGCGGCAGCGGCGGCGCGAGGAGCCGGCGGGCGGCAGCGCGAUGGGACCCCUUCGGGAGACCAAGAAGGAGCAGAGAGUGCAGCAUCAUGAGAAGGAGAUUUCCAGAAGCCGGAUUCCCCGUUUGAUUCUUCGGCCCCAUCUGCCUCGGCAGCAGCACCAAGUGUCCCCAGCCUCUGAGUCUCCCUUCUCGGAGGAAGAGAGCAGAGAGUUCAACCCCAGCAGCUCUGGGCGCUCAGCGAGGACCAUUAGCAGCAACAGCUUCUGCUCAGAUGACACAGGCUGUCCUAGUAGUCAGUCAGUAUCUCCCGUGAAAACGCCCUCGGAUGCUGGCAGCAGCCCUGUUGGCUUCUGCCCUGGCAGUGAUGAAGACUUCACCAGAAAGAAAUGCACAGUUGGAAUGGUUGGUGAGGGAAGCAUCCAGUCAGCUCGACCUAAGAAGGAACCAAAGUCAGGCCUUGUAAAGCCAGCACACAGGGUCCGGUGUGUAUCGAGGGCACAAUCAACAUUGGUUGACCUCAACAGCAAAGGGAGCGAAGCCGAUUUUAGCUCCUCGAGCAGCACGGGCAGCAUCUCGGCUCCUGAGGUCCCCAUGUCUGCAGCGGGAAGCAAGCGGUCCUCUUUCUCACGCAAAACCACCUGGAUUACUGUGCGUUCCGAUUUUAUGCUUAUUCAUCGAGGUCCCCACGGGCGCAGCAAUGGAGCUUCGUCGUACAAGUCUGGCAACAGCCCACCCUCCCCACGGGAGAAGGACCUUCUGUCCAUGCUGUGCAGGAAUCAGCUGAGUCCUGUUAACAUCCAUCCCAGUUAUGCGCCUUCUUCCCCCAGUAGCAGCAACUCCGGCUCCUACAAGGGAAGUGACUGCAGCCCCGUCAUGAGGCGAUCUGGAAGGUACACGUCCUGUGGUGAAAAUCACGGUGUCAAACCCCCAAAUCCAGAGCAGUACUUGACUCCUCUGCAGCAGAAAGAGGUUACAGUGAGACACCUGAAGACCAGGCUCAAGGAGUCUGAGCGCCGACUGCAUGAGAGGGAGAGUGAGAUCGUGGAGCUGAAGUCCCAGCUGGCCCGAAUGCGGGAGGACUGGAUUGAGGAAGAGUGCCACCGGGUGGAGGCCCAGCUGGCCCUCAAGGAAGCCAGGAAGGAGAUUCAACAGCUCAAACAGGUCAUCGAAACGAUGAGGAGCAGCUUGGCCGAUAAGGACAAAGGUAUUCAGAAAUAUUUUGUGGACAUAAACAUUCAAAACAAGAAGCUGGAGUCUCUGCUUCAGAGCAUGGAAAUGGCGCACAAUGGCUCUCUGAGGGACGAGCUGUGUCUCGACUUUCCGUGUGAUUCCCCGGAGAAGGGCUUAGCCCUCAGCAUGGCUUUUGGCCCGACGGCCGACGCGCUGACCCCGGAGGAGCCGGCCAUGGAGGCGGGCGCCAACAGCGAGCUGCUGGGGGAACACGGCACAGAUGUGUUCGCUGAGCUGGUGACAGCCACCACCGUGGAGGCCGGCGACCUGGAGCUGCUUCGUGCCAGCCCUGGGGCAAAGGUCUUCGAGAUGGAGGGUCAGGAAGAGGGCAGCGCGGUGGCGGAGCAGGCCGUGCAGACCGACGUGGUGCCCUACAGCCCUGCCGUCUCCGAGCUCAUCCGGCACGUGCUCAAGCUCCAGGACCCCUGUCCCUGCAGCUCCACGUCCCCUGAGGAUGAGUCCAGGGCCGACUCGAUGGAAAGCUUCCUGGAGUCCAUCUCUGCCAUCGUGGUCGAUUUAACUCCAAGAAAUCCAAACUCUGCCAUCCUUUUGUCUCCCGUGGAGACCCCGUCGGCCGAGGUGGGUCCGGAGGCACGUGGGAACCGCCUCAUGAGAGAGCUGGAUUUUGCAGGCUCCGCGGAGGAAAGGCUGAACGGCCUGGUCCCGCUGUCCGGCGGGGGCGUCGUGGGGCGGUACUGGAGCAGCAGUUUCCUGGUGGAUCUCCUGGCCGUGGCGGCUCCCGUGGUCCCCACCGUGCUGUGGGCGUUCAGUACUCAGAGGGGUGGAACGGAUCCCAUCUACAACAUCGGGGCCCUGCUGCGGGGCUGCUGCAUGGUGGCCCUGCACUCGCUCCGCCGCACCACCUGUCAUAUCAGACCCUAGAGAGAAGAUGUCACUUCCGUGUGCCAGUCUGUCCUGCGUGGCCUGAUGCCAGGUGGAGAAGCAGCGGGUCAACCUGUGGCGGUCUCUGUUCUGUCGUUUUUGCUCCUCGGUAUUUGAUUUGCACUAUAUUUAGUUGAAGCCUGUUCACUGUUUAAAACAGGAGGUAUCUUCGAAGGCAUGGAGACCUGGUUCCAGUACAUGUCCCAUCAGUGUGAUAUAGAAAGCAUGCUCAGAUCCUGCCGUGUCGUCUGAGGUACCCGUACUUAUCCUAGUGGUUCAGGUAGAGAAAAUGCAAACUUUGCACUUUCAAGACAGCUUCUAUAAGGCUGGCAUGUUAUCUCCUUGCUUUGCUUUUUGCCGUUUUAAAAUGUGUAAUUGUUACAGCAUUCCAGUGGUCUUGUGCAUAGCAGGGGACUGUAACCAAAAAGAAAAAUGUAUUUGUGUAAAUUGGUUUGAAGAAGUCUUGAUAGCUCUUUAUUGUCUUACUUGGGGUUGAUAAGGUUUGAGUGUUUGCAGUUUUCUACUAGAUGUAGCUCCAGAGUCUUAAGUGGCUUGUCUGUUCUUAAACCUGUUAAUUGAUGAAACUAUAUGUAAGGUUUACAUUGUAUUAACUUAUUUUUUGCUUAUUAUAUAUAGUGUUUUAUUGAAAAUCGUUUGUAACCACACACUUCAGCAUGAUGAAAAUAAAGAUUAGUGUUUCCAUUUAAAUAAAUAUCCUCCUAUAAAA